AUGCUGAACAAGCCUAACUCAAUCAGCCACAAACAGUGCUUGUGUACCUGGGGUUCCCUGAGGACUCUUGAUGUCUUUGUCCCAGUCUCGGUGGGACCGAAAAGUAGGCGUCUGUCUGUGUCUCAAGCGCCAUUAAUACCCAGCGGUUUUGCGAGUGACCCCAGCUACUGGGUUCAGGUGCACAGGCUGGAACAUGGAGAUGGAGGCAUCUUGGACCUUGAUGACAUGCUAUAUGAUGUUAGUUUUGGUGAAGAAUUACACUUACAGUUAAGAUUUGUGGGGCUAGUAGGGCACGCUUACGCGAGAAUUGAUUUUGUAGCUUUCUACUGUAAGUUGGCACAUCAAGAGAACCACUUGCGCAAUAGCUUCCUGACUGGGAACUACUUUUUCGCUAUACAGGACAAGAAUUCCUUCGGGCCUCUAGGAGAGAGAAAGAAAGGGACAGAGCGAGAGAGACAGGUCCAUGAAAUAAGAGUCAGCCAGUUCUUCUCUUCUCCGCGCUUCUCUCAACUGAAGCAGCUGGUUGCUGUAUACGAAGAGCAAGAUCCCCACAAUGGAGGCGACGGAACCAGCGCCAGCUCCACAGGAACCCAGAGUCCUGACCUCUUUGUCAGUGAGAUGAGUUCAACUUCGGCCUUCCAGCCCUACCAAGCCAACAGUGAGAUUGAGGUCACAGCAACUGCUCUACUCUCGAUUUUCGGUGAUAAAAUAGCCUGUCUUCAGAAAUGUCCAAUCAUAUGUAAGUUGUCCAGGAAGACAAACGAGACAACCACAUUGUUCACAAACCAAAGAGGAGGACCAAACAAGAUAACAAAUUCUGAUGAAAACACGUUCACUGCUCAUAUUGAUUUUUCCCAGGACUGGAAAUGUAAAUUCGGCACAGAAAGUCCAAGUGCCAGGAGGGGUCGGGAAAUUGUUGAUGGAGCCUUCUAUGACACAGUGUCCAACAAUUUAAGUGGUGUCAAACUAGAAUAUGUGAAAAGACCCAGAUGUCCAGUAAGCUCAACUGCACUUGAAUUAUGGGUGCCUGUAGUAAUGCUGAUGGAGGAAAUGGAGAAACAGCCCAGCAGGAGACCUGCAUGUCUCUCAAUGUCCGACGCAGUAGUGAUCCCUCCUUUGCUGGCCUCCCACCAGGUCACUGCCUUUAAAUACCUUAAAGGCCAGGCCAUGGAUAGGAAGAAGAAGAGCACAGAAAACAAGAAAGACGAAUUGAGCGAACAGAGCCAAUCGGGAGGGCUGACUCUUCACUGGAGGGUUCACCUGACCCAAGGCUUGCUUGUGAAGCGUUUGGAGGCUGCGGGCAAAGCUGAGAAAGAACAUCUCUUUCAGGAAAACGACUGCAUAGUCAAGAUUAAUCAUGAAGACAUUCGCAACCUACGCUUUGAACAAGCUCAGAACAUUUUCCGGCAGGCAAUGCGCACCCCGGUUAUCCUUUUCCACGUUGUUCCUGCAACCAUGAAGAGGCAGUAUGACAUACUUCACCAAGGCCCUCUGGCAGGAAGCACCCCAGAACCAAGUCGACGGCAUACCACUUUACCCCACGCUUUAAUCUCCAGGACCUGUUCUGCCCACUCUCCUUCCCUGCAGCGCAGGAUAAGCUCAAACCUGUCUAACAGCUCGUACCCAAAGAAAAAAGGGCACAGAUUCAACAUCCAGCUAAAGAAAGGCCCAGAGGGUCUUGGAUUCAGCAUCACGUCCAGAGAUGUCCCCAUUGGAGGAACUGCUCCCAUUUAUAUCAAAAACAUACUUCCUCGGGGAGCUGCCAUUCAAGAUGGUCGGUUGAAGGCUGGAGAUCGACUGCUGGAGGUUAGUGGAGUUGACCUCAGUGGAAAAAGCCAAGAGGAGGUGGUUGCCCUGCUUCGCGCCACACCCAUGGGUGGGAUUGUUAACAUGGUUGUAAUCCGCCAGGAGGACUCCAUAUUGCCCCGAGAAGUGCAUGGAGAGGAUGACAUGGUGUUAACCUUCGAUGGUACAAGAGAGUUCAUGACCUUUGAGAUCCCCCUGAAUGACUCAGGCUCAGCAGGAUUGGGUGUCAGUGUCAAGGGUAACCGGUCCAAGGAGGAUCAAGCUGAUUUAGGCAUCUUCGAUGGACGUCUACAUGUCAAUGACCAACUCAUUGCUGUCAACGGGGAGUCAUUGAUUGGGAUGACUAACCAGGAUGCCAUGGAAGCGCUGCGCAAAUCCAUGUCAAUAGAAGGCAACAAACGUGGGAUGAUUCAGCUUAUCGUGGCUCGAAGGGUGGCCAAAGACAAUGAG